UUUUACUUUUUUUCGCCGACCGGACCAGAUGUGGAACUGAAAAAGUGAAAAUGACGCCACCUGAGUAAUCAAGAAAAUUCUAAUCCAAAGACAUCGCUGGUGAAAUGUGCUAAGUCACCCGUUAAACCAGCAGAAGUUUUGGGGCAAUAGAGUAAAAGUGGUAUAGUGUAACACUAUGUAUCUGUACAAUUUGACCCUACAAAAGGGCACGGGAGUGACCCACGCGGUGCAUGGCAACUUCUCCGGCGGAAAACAGCAGGAGGUUCUCCUGUCACGUGGCAAAUCGCUGGAGCUCCUCCGUCCGGACUCGAAUACGGGAAAGGUCCACACGCUCCUCUCCACGGAGAUCUUCGGAUGCAUCCGCGCUUUGAUGGCUUUUCGUCUCACGGGCGGAACUAAAGAUUACAUUGUUGCCGGUUCCGAUUCGGGUCGUAUUGUGAUUCUUGAGUAUAUCCCAUCCAAAAAUGCUUUGGAGAAGGUGCACCAGGAGACCUUUGGCAAGUCGGGAUGUCGAAGGAUAGUGCCUGGCCAGUACUUUGCCAUCGAUCCCAAGGGAAGAGCCGUGAUGAUUGGCGCCGUGGAGAAACAGAAGUUGGCCUACAUCAUGAAUCGGGAUACGCAGGCUCGUCUGACGAUCUCAUCGCCCUUGGAGGCCCACAAAUCGAAUACCUUGACAUAUCACAUGGUGGGCGUGGAUGUGGGCUUUGAUAAUCCGAUGUUUGCCUGUCUGGAGAUCGAUUACGAGGAGGCUGACAUGGAUCCAUCAGGUGAUGCCGCCCAGCGCACACAGCAAACGCUGACAUUCUACGAAUUGGAUCUCGGCUUGAACCACGUGGUUCGCAAAUACUCUGAACCCUUGGAGGAGCACGCCAACUUCUUGGUUUCUGUGCCUGGAGGCAACGAUGGCCCCUCGGGCGUGCUCAUCUGCUCGGAGAACUAUCUGACCUACAAGAAUCUCGGCGAUCAGCACGACAUUCGUUGCCCCAUUCCGCGCAGGAGAAACGAUCUGGAUGAUCCUGAAAGGGGCAUGAUCUUCAUCUGCUCUGCCACACAUCGCACCAAGAGCAUGUACUUCUUUCUGCUGCAAACAGAGCAGGGAGACAUCUUCAAGAUCACCCUAGAAACCGAUGACGAUGUAGUGUCUGAGAUCAAACUGAAGUACUUUGACACAGUGCCUCCAGCAACAGCUAUGUGUGUGCUAAAGACGGGUUUCCUCUUUGUGGCUAGCGAGUUUGGCAACCACUACCUUUACCAAAUUGCUCAUCUGGGCGACGAUGACGAUGAGCCAGAGUUCAGUUCAGCCAUGCCUUUGGAGGAGGGUGAGACCUUCUUCUUUGCGCCACGUGCCCUAAAGAACCUGGUUUUGGUAGACGAACUACCCUCGUUUGCGCCGAUAAUCACCUCUCAGGUGGCUGAUCUUGCCAACGAGGAUACACCGCAAUUGUACGUCCUCUGCGGACGAGGACCUCGCUCCACUUUGCGAGUGCUUCGUCACGGUUUGGAGGUUUCCGAGAUGGCCGUUUCCGAGUUGCCCGGUAAUCCCAAUGCUGUUUGGACUGUGAAAAAACGAGCUGAUGACGAGUUUGAUGCCUACAUCAUCGUGUCCUUCGUGAAUGCCACUCUCGUUUUGAGUAUUGGCGAAACGGUUGAGGAAGUUACAGACAGUGGUUUCCUGGGCACCACACCCACACUGUGUUGUGCCGCCUUGGGCGAUGAUGCCUUGGUUCAGGUAUAUCCCGAUGGCAUUCGCCACAUUCGAUCCGACAAACGUGUGAACGAGUGGAAGGCCCCGGGCAAGAAGUCGAUUACCAAGUGUGCCGUGAAUCAGCGCCAGGUGGUCAUCACCUUGUCGGGCAGGGAGUUGGUCUACUUUGAAAUGGAUCCGACUGGAGAGCUAAAUGAGUAUACAGAACGCUCUGAAAUGCCGGCAGAGAUCAUGUGCAUGGCUCUGGGAACUGUUCCAGAGGGAGAGCAGCGUUCCUGGUUCUUGGCCGUUGGUCUGGCUGAUAAUACUGUGCGUAUCCUGUCGCUGGAUCCCAACAACUGUCUGACUCCUUGCUCCAUGCAAGCGCUACCCUCGCCAGCGGAAUCCCUCUGCCUGGUGGAAAUGGGUCACACGGAGAGUACGACCCAGGGAACUUUGGAUGAGGAUGCACCCGCCCAGCGAAGUGGCAGCAACAAGGGUACAAUCUACCUAAACAUUGGCCUGAGCAACGGCGUCCUGCUGCGCACUGUGCUCGAUCCGGUGUCCGGAGAUUUGGCCGACACCAGGACGCGGUAUUUGGGCUCUCGGCCCGUCAAGCUCUUCCGCAUCAAGAUGCAGGGCGCCGAAGCAGUGUUGGCCAUGUCGAGUAGAACCUGGUUGUCGUACUACCACCAAAACAGAUUCCAUUUAACGCCUCUGUCCUAUGAAACGCUGGAGUAUGCUUCUGGUUUCUCGAGCGAGCAGUGCAGCGAAGGCAUUGUGGCCAUAUCCACAAACACCUUGAGGAUUUUGGCCUUGGAAAAACUGGGAGCGGUCUUCAAUCAAGUGGCAUUCCCCCUGCAAUACACUCCGCGAACCUUUGUUAUCCACCCGGAUACGGGUCGCAUGUUGAUUGCGGAAACGGAUCACAAUGCCUACACGGAGGAUACGAAGAGUGCCCGCAAAGAGCAGAUGGCGGAGGAGAUGCGCAGUGCGGCGGGCGAUGAGGAGCGCGAGUUGGCCCGCGAAAUGGCCAAUGCUUUCAUCAACGAAGUCCUGCCCGAGGAUGUUUUCUCGUCACCCAAAGCGGGUCUGGGUCUCUGGGCCUCGCAAAUCCGUUGCCUGGAUGCCAUGCACGGCCAAACGAUGUUCAAUGUGCCGCUCACCCAAAACGAGGCCAUAAUGUCGAUGGCCAUGCUGAAGUUCUCCAUAGCGGCCGAUGGCCGGUAUUAUCUGGCCGUGGGAAUCGCCAAGGAUCUGCAGCUGAACCCGAGGAUUUCGCAGGGCGGCUGCAUAGACAUCUACAAAAUAGAUCCCACCUGCUCGAGUCUGGAGUUUAUGCAUCGCACGGAGAUCGAUGAGAUUCCCGGGGCACUGUGUGGCUUCCAGGGUCGUUUGCUGGCCGGCUGCGGACGGAUGCUGCGGAUUUAUGAUUAUGGCAAGAAGAAAAUGCUGCGCAAGUGCGAGAACAAACACAUUCCGUAUCAGAUUGUCAAUAUCCAGGCGAUGGGUCAUCGCGUUUACGUGUCUGAUGUUCAGGAAUCUGUAUUCUUCAUACGCUAUCGUCGCGCCGAGAAUCAGUUGAUCAUAUUCGCCGAUGACACGCAUCCGCGUUGGGUUACGGCCACCACUCUGCUGGAUUACGACACCAUAGCCAUUGCCGAUAAGUUUGGCAACUUGAGCAUUCAGCGAUUGCCGCACUCGGUGACCGAUGACGUCGAUGAGGAUCCAACCGGCACUAAAUCGCUGUGGGAUCGUGGCUUGUUGUCUGGUGCCUCGCAAAAGUCUGAGAACAUUUGCUCUUUCCACGUGGGCGAGAUCAUCAUGUCGCUGCAGAAAGCUACUCUAAUUCCCGGCGGAUCAGAGGCCCUUAUUUACGCCACAUUAAGCGGCACUGUGGGCGCUUUUGUUCCGUUUACCAGUCGCGAGGAUUACGACUUUUUCCAGCAUCUGGAGAUGCAUAUGCGCAAUGAGAAUCCACCGCUCUGCGGACGCGAUCAUCUCAGCUACAGGAGUUCGUAUUACCCGGUGAAAAACGUUCUGGAUGGCGAUCUUUGCGAGCAGUAUCUGUCCAUUGAGGCAGCCAAGCAGAAGAGCAUCGCUGGAGAUAUGUUCCGCACCCCAAAUCAGAUCUGCAAAAAGCUGGAGGAUAUACGCACGCGAUAUGCCUUCUAAGAUUGCAACAGACAAAAGUACAGAAGCCCAAUGGGAAACUAUAAUUUUUGGAUUAGAUUGCAACAGACAAAAAUACAGAAGCCCAAUGGGAAACUAUCUUUUUUUGGAUUAGUUAACCUGACAAAACCAUCAAAUGCUGCACUCGAAACGUUUUUAAGUUACAUCAGAAAAGAAUUCAAUGGAACAAUAAAUUCGAAAUGUUUUCAAG